AUGAAUGAAGUUCAGUCUUUUGGAGAGCGCAGAGGGCAUAAGCUGGCGCCGUUGCAGACCAAUUUUAGCCGACCAGCGACAAAGCCUCGUCUCCAACGCCCUCGACCGACCGAAUAUCCUAGCACCAAUGGCUCCGAAGGCCCUAUUCCGCUCCAAAGUCCAAUUCGGCGACAAUCCUCUAAAUCAAGUCUGCGCAAUUUAUUCGGGCGCGAUAAGUCGCGAGUAGAACCCAAACUAGACGAAAUAGUCGAGGCUCAGGUACCAGAGCCGCAAACCGCGAUAUUUAACAUGGCGCCUUCAAUCACAACCCCCCGAACUAUAGAUUCAGCUCCAACCGUCACCUCCCCGACGGACCUGCGAUCGCGCACGAAAAACUUCCGUCAAGACCGCCAGCCGGACCCCAAAAUCCCCACACAGGAUCAAUAUGGGUGGAAACCGCCCCCGUUGUUUCAGGCUUACCCUCAAUCCGCCAAGCAUGAUACCCUGGCUGCACCCGCACUCUCGGCCGAUGCAAUCUUGCGCUUGCAUGCGACAACUGCGCGAAACACCGAAGACACACCGGUGAAUUCCUUGGAAGAAAAUGAGACCGCUACCGCCGCUCGGAAGAAGCGCGAGCAAAAGCAACGAAAGCAUCUUCGGACAUUGUCCGGCACAAUCAACAAGGUGGAAUGGACACAAAAGAUCUACGUUCUGGCCAAUGUCGGGUAUAUUCUGCAAUAUGCAGGAGAAGGGAAGAAUGACCGGCUACCAGAGAGGAUGCUGCUGCUAGGCCCCAAGUCUGUCGCAUUCGCUAGUGACGCGAUCCCGGGCAAACACUGGGUACUGCAGAUAUCUACCAAUCCCACGGCGGAUGCAGAUUCCAAUGUGCCGGAGGCCCCCAAGCCUCGGUUUUCGCGCUUUGGCUUCCACAAGUCUAAUCACCGUCGAUUGUCGCGGAGCUUCUUGUUGGUUUUUGAUAACCCCGAGGCCAUGAUUGGUUGGCUGGUCGCAGUCAGAGCCGAGAUUGAGAGACGCGGAGGGCCCAAGCUCACUCAAGAGAAGCACUCCGACGAGGAUACCAUGCCUCAAUUGCGAUCCAAGUCCAGUAUUCGUCAAAUGGUGAAGAAGGACCCUCAUCGGAUCUCCAGCUUGUUCCUUCAGCCGCAAAACCUCCAGUCGCCCAUCGAAGACGACGGGCAGUCUGUCGGUGGGGCAACAUGGCAAUCCCGGCGCAGCUCGUACACAUCCGUUAAUCGUCGUUCAGUGAUAGAAUCACGAUCUGGGUCUGUCUCUACUGGCCGGACAGAGGCCACGAACCCCACCAAUGGUUCUAUCGCAUCAGAUGUGCGAUCUUCGUCAUUCACUUCUUCCAAUGUCCCCAAUUCACCGCCGACGAGUGACGGUGUAUAUAGAUCUGAUGAGCCUUUGCCCGACGAGCUUGAUCGUAUAUUGGCGCGCAGUCCUUCUCCUUCUAGCCAGGGCAAGCGACAAUCCUUCUUCACCUCCCCAGCAACGCAGCCUCCUCCAAUUACGGAUUUCACGGAAGCCCAGAGCUAUCCACCUGCACCGGAAGCAAUCGUCCGCUGCGCUUCACCGCCAGCACCAAAUUUCAGUGUUCCUUCGUUCAGCAAGAAAUUCGUUCCUCGAGGGGGACCCAUUCCAACCCAGGCCUCUCCCCCUUCAUCAUUAAAUGGCUUCGUGCGGCGGGGAUCAGCCGAUCCACAGGUGUCUACCUUUGCCUCUCCCCCGCAGUCUCCAACUUUCAGCAUUGCCAGCUCGCGCUAUACAGAGUCUUCCGAGCAAAGGCGUGUGCUGCGCCCUUCGAACUCGGAGGAUGCGCUGGCCAAAGCCGCACGGUCUGCGCAGAACACUCCAAAUUUCUCCCGUGUGCCCAGGACCGCACCGCCCACGAAGCCCUUACCAGAUCCUCACGCUUCACGCCCCCUAAGUCUGCUCGGGCGUCCCGGUAUGGCCUCUCAGACAAUCAAAGAGAACGAGAUUGAGUCUGCUGCAGCACCAGCACCAGAGCCAUCGCGCAAUAAGGGCCCAGCGACUGAAUUUGAUAAUCAAGUUCCUAAUAUGCUGCGCCGCAAGAGCAUGCCGGGCCUGGGUGUCACCAUCGGUCCACCAUCGGCACCACCUCCCAACUGCCCACUUCCCAAACUCCCCUGUCUCACCAAUGCUUCGAGUGCUGCGCCUCCGGCCCCAGGCCCAGGCCCAGUCACAGUUGUCAUUCCUGCUGCUGUCCCUGGUGCUGCCCCUGCUGCUGCCGCACCCGCAACUCCGGCCACCCCGGCCACUCCACAGGGACUUUCACCAUGGUCUCCGACCUCCCCGACGGAGCGAUUCUACGGGUCGCCGCCAGUGCGCGCCCAUGUCGAAGAUCGACGCACGAGUGGCACCAAGCCUGCCAACUCGGAAUCUCAGCCAAAGCCUACACCGAGAACAGCCCGGCACUCCAAACUGGUCAAAGGGCCCCCUGUAUAA